AUGUUGCUUCCUGUUCUCUUCUGCAUUCUCGCGGCCAUGAUGCACUGCAUCAUGGCAAUCCCCUCCAACAUGCCUGUUCUGACCGUCACUCUGAGCCAGGUGACCAACACGCGUAUCAAAGCAGAAGUGAAAAAUACCGGCGCUGAGGACCUCACUAUCGUGCACCUGAACUUCUUUGGAGAUACUGCGCCAAUCAAGAAGGUUUCUGUCUUCCACAAUGAAACUGAGCUCAGCUUCAGUGGCAUCAAAGCGCGUCUGUCCUUUGACAAUCUGACCCCAGACGCGGUGACCACUAUCCCAGCCGGCCAGAUCCUCUCCGACGAGUUCGAUCUUGCAUCCACCAUCGACAUCGCUCAUAGUGGAGACGUCACGGUCUACACCUCUGGAUUUGUGCCCGUCACUACCGACCUUCAGGUCACUUCAUACCUGCCGUACUACUCCAAUGUGCUGAAGAUGACCGUCGACGCAAUCAAAGCUUCGACAAUUCCAAAAGCGCUGAGCCUUCUCCGCGAGCGCACCGUCGUCACAAGCUGCACCGCGGAGAAAAAGGCUAGCAUGCACACCACACUGCUCGCAGCCGUCCACCUCAGCCUCGCCGCAGCCAACGAGUCCUAUGCCGGCCCUGCCGCUCGCAUGGAAGAGUACUUCAAGAGUUCCGAAAAGUCGGUCCGGGACGCAGUGACAAACAGAUACCUGCUCAUCGCGUCGGAGGCGUCCAUCGAAGCGGACGGGAAGACAACGAUAUAUUGCGAGGAUCCGUAUGGGGUCUGUACCGAUCACAUCCUCGCGUACACUUGGGUCGACACGAACACUGUGGUCAGUUGCCCGAUAUUCUGGAGAUAUCUAAUUCCCGUGAACUCCUGGUGCCAUUGGCAAGAUCAGGCUACUACACUUAUCCACGAAUAUGCCCAUUGCCCGGCAGUUUGCAGCCCCGGGACGGACGAUAAGGCGUAUGGCUAUAACGCAUGUCGGCGGCUGUCAACAGAAGAAGCACUUCUGAACGCGGACACCUAUGCCUUGUUUGCAAAUGCUGUUUAUGCGAAGUGCUGAUAAUCGCCGAUCGAUCUAAGAGAGCAGAGGAGGAUCCGAUCGUGUAUGUACUGUACUCAUAGGAGGAGUGAGAGGCUUCGUCUGAUAAGAAUAAUGGAAAAGAAUGGUACAACAGAGAAGAAUA